UCGGCAAUUUGAACGUUAGUUCGCGAUUCUGACGCAAUACAAUGCGGCGCUGUUUGAUUUAAUUUUCGUUUGUUUUGGGUCGCCUUCGCGUUUCUCAGUGAGCAAAUGGCGUCGUAGGUGGAAGCGUACGGAGUUUUUUUUCGUAAACGAUGACUGAAACGAAUCGCGUGUUUUUCAGUUCGUAAUUUCAUCAAGAAAUCGUAAUUUUCGAGGGUUUGUUUUAAGGUGGCUUCGAUGUUUGGUGUUUUCUAGCUUGGUUUGCGCACGAAUUGCGUUAAAUCACACGGCGACAAGGCUUAAACCACUCUUUAAAAUAUGAACGAAGAAGCGGACGGCAAAACACCGGAGGACCGACCUAGUUGGCCUCCAGCGGAAGGUAACAGCACGCAAAUGACGCAGCAGCCUCAGCACACCCACAUGCCCACCACUCCACAGGGAGCUCCUGUAAAUCAGGGCUUUGAAUAUGAACUUCCUUAUGAGUUGGUUCAGCAGGGUUGGAAGAAGUUUUGGUCGAAACGGGAGAAUCGUCCUUAUUUCUGGAACAAAUUGACUGGAGAGAGUUUAUGGGAGAUGCCUGUUGUAAAGCCUCAGUUCGAUCCGAUAACUGAUCCUUUAGGUAUAUGUCAUAAUGCUGCUCCAGUCGCUCCUCUACCACAACCCGCGCCCAUUCAUAUACCUCUCUCAGUGGGCAAGAGAAGGGCUUCAGAUGAUCUCGGGGGGCCUCAAGCCAAAAAGUUUGUCUUGGCCGGCCCCUGGGAUCUAGACGUACAAACGAAUGUGAUUAUUCUGGAAAGGCCGCCGUGUAUAUUCAUGCAUUCCCAUCCAGAAAUCGAAGCAUACCGUUGCGCGCUUCUCGCUAAGCUGAGACAGUGCUACCAAGAGUUGUGCCAUUCAAGAGAGUCCAUCGACGCGCCCAAAGACUCGUUUAAUAGAUGGCUUAUGGAACGGAAGGUUAUAGAUACUGGUUACGAUCCCCUGUUGCCCAGCAACUGUUACCCAGAGAUCUCACUCUCGAUGUACAAGGAGAUAAUGAACGAUAUCCCCAUCAAGCUGGUAAGGCCCAAGUUCACAGGGGAUGCGCGGAAACAGCUGUCGAGGUACGCCGAGGCCGCCAAGUCGAUAAUGGAAUCACGCAACUCGGAACCGGAAAGCCGGAAGGUGGUCAAAUGGAACGUGGACGAAACAUUCCAAUGGCUGAGGAAAACUGUCGGCGCGACGUACGACGAUUUUCAGGACCGCCUGGCUCAUUUGAAGCAACAGUGCCAGCCCCAUCUCACGGAAACGGUACGGGUGUCCGUGGAAGGUAUCUGUCUCAAGAUUUAUAACCUGUCGUGCGAGUACGCUAAAAAGGUUAGAGAGAAAUCGAACUCGAUAUUGAAAGAGCACGGCAUGGAACUGCCCCCCCACCCUUUCCUCUCCCAGACGACGAGAAAAGUCUGGUGUUAUCCGGUACAGUUCGCCAUCGGUUGUCCCCGGUUGCCCGUCGUCGAAUACGUACCCGACAGAGACCAGGCGAUGUUGCGGUUUCAGGGCGACGCCCUCGCCAUCAACAAUACGUACCUUCAGAAACUGGAGCACCUUUACCGUCACAAUUGUUUCGACGACCGCAAGUUCGAGUUGUUCAUACCGCGCGUUUGGACGAUGCUCAAACGUUACGCCACUUUUUUCGGUGUGAACCCGUCGCCGGGGGCGGCGAACGCCGACGUGAGGGACACGCAGGCGUCGUUACCAGUCACGGUGUUCGAGUGCCUGAACCGAGCGUUCGGGGUGUCGUUCGAAUGUUUCGCCUCGCCCCUCAACUGUUACUUUAAGCAGUACUGUUCCGCUUUCGCGGACUGCGACUCGUACUUUGGGAGCCGGGGGUCGUUCCUGCAUCUGAAAGCGGUGUCGGGAUCGUUCGCGGCGAACCCGCCCUACUGCGAGGAAUUAAUGGAGGCGUCCGUCAACCACAUGGAACGGCUAUUGAAUGACAGCCCCGAACCUCUUAGUUUCAUCGUUCUGAUGCCGGACUACAGGGAACCAACGCCGACGGCCUUGUUGCGGCUCGAAUCGAGCCAGUUCAAGCGGCGUCAGGUCACCAUACCCGCCUACGAGCAUGAAUUCCGGCAUGGAUUCCAGCACGUACUCAACAGGUCCGAGCUGAACGUGAGGUCGAACCACGCGACGGUCAUCGUGUGGCUGCAGAACGUGUCAGGGCACCAACGGUGGGAACCGACCGAAGAGCGAGUGAACGCUCUUCUGGAAACGUUCAGGCCGGGACGGGAACGAGAACGGGAUAGACAGGAGCUGCUCAGCCCGACCAGACAGGGUAGCACGUCCGAAAAACAGGACGUGCUGGUGCAUUAGUUAGGACUCGGGCUUCGGCUGAUAGUGAGAUUUCGUCGUAGCAAAUUACUAGAACGUAAGGCGUGCGUCUCAAUUCUUAAGCGUGGAUGCCGCCGGACAGUAUUCUGUUUCUCCAAUUUUUACUAUAUGAAUUGCUAAGUUAACUAGUACUAGAACAUGGGAAAAUUUGAACACCAUGGCUCGAACAGUUCAGAUUUUAUCUAGCUAACUAGGUCACAGCAGUCAUUCAGUACUAACCUACAGUAAGUAGAGUUAUUACAGAAGUAUCCAAAGGUUUGUUGUGUGGUUGUGUUUUCCUCUAAAUUUCCUUUGUUCAGCCAUUUCAAUAUUGAAGCUAAAUUAGAGAAAUGCAAUAUGAUUUUAUGUAUUAUUGAAUGAAUAUAUAUUGCUAUAUAUCAGAUUGCAUUCGUUUAAGGUUUUAACAAUAUUGUUAAACAGAAACAGAAACGGUCAAUUAUAUAACGAAGACGAGAAUGGACACUCUCCGUUUUGAAGAGAGUGACUCUUUGUGUCUUUGUUAAUGUACGGUGGCAUAGACCAAGGGCGUGGUUGCUGUAGCCGUUUCGGUUUAUAGCAGGGUCGAUAGGUCGGUGGAAGACUGAACGGUCUGAGAAUUUGGAAUAAUUUUCAACAUGGUUGUACCGACCCUGUUUUUAUGGCCGGCGAGGGUGACUGUGAAACCGCUGCAUUUAUAUAUAUUUUUUUUGUAAACGUUUUUAUGCCUUUGGUUGCGCGGAUUUCGGGAGUACUUAUACAGUGUCGUGCGUAAAUCGACUUGAUUAAAUUUUCUCGUUUCGUCACAGUACCUGAAAAAUUGUUUUUGGCAAAGGGAAAGGACGUUAAAUUGCAUCUCGAUUGUAAAUAUUAUGUAUAUUAUAGGGAGUGCGUGUAUAUAUUUCGCAAAAACCGUCCAGAGAGAUCAUAUUCGGUAGGACUCGGUUAUCUGGGUGGGGCACCGGCUGAUGGUACAUUAUGUUGGUGUGUAAGUAAAGCCCCCUAAAUAAUCUAAAAAAAUAGUAAACAUUUUGUUUGCCAAAAUCUCAACUUGAUAUCUGAUAUGUUGGGAGGCUUAUACACGAAAUGUAGAUUGCAGACCGUAUAUAAAAGAACAAGACCGUAUAUGAAGCACUAUUUACAAGUAUAUAAAAGAUGGAACGGGCUUGAUAUUCACUAAAUAACCUUGAACGAACCGUAAAUUUUCUUAUGACAAUUUACAAUAACGUCCGAAGUUGCCGUCGAACCCCCAUAGCUUAUCUACUCAUAGAAAAUAUGAAUAAUAAAAUCAUCACGGGUGCAUCAUCAUAAAUAAAUCGCAUAGAAAUCUAACUAAAAUGAUUUAGCCUUGCCUUCUUCCGUAGAUUGGCCUUUUAUAGACGGUCUGGAAAAUAUACAUGGUGAUACGUAAGAAAUAUUGUUACCGUAGCAAUUCCUAUAAACCCAGGGUUUACAGAAUUCGAGGGAUAAGCACAAAAUUAUUCAAUUUUUUAUUAAAGUUAUAUUUGCCGCCGUUAACUUUUUUACACAAGAUCUCUCAUGACGUGGUGCUUUUAUUAUUACUUGCCCGUAUUUAUAGGAAUUUUUACGUUUCUAUAUUUUAUGUGAUUUUCAAAAAAUAUUUGAGAUUAGCUUUGUCUAUUUCUGUGCUCUUUCAUUUUCUGUACUAUUUGCUGUUAUUGGAUUAAUUUAUUUCUGGUUGUAUUUUCCAAGAUUAUCUUAUCAUUUACUACAAACAGUACUCGUUUCUGGUCGUUUUCUUUUUUAAUUUUCUGUUGCCGAACUAUAAUAAAUAAAUAAUAAAUUUCUGAGUUUGGCGUCCUUUGUGACGUGCAAAUCUACUGGCUCCAUCUUCUAAAUGAGGUCGGUUCAAAUAACACCAGAUUUUAUAUAAAUCCACUUCAGUAUCUGUGAGUCAUCUCGUCGUAGGGUAGCUGGCAAUUGUAAUUGUAUAUACAUACAUACCUAUAUACAUAUAGAUAAUUAGGUACCACGCAAUUAUUUCUAUAAGUUAAAAAGGUGUUCUAUGCCAUUAAUUUAGGUGUAACAUAGAAAAAAAGCGAAUAUUUUGUAUUCUCGGCCUGUAAAUAGAAAACACUAAUGAACAUUUAGCGUCUCGUCGUACUUGUUACUUUAUUAUAAGUUGGACCCCUUUUAUAU